GCGCAGGUAGGGGUUAGAAGCAUGGCGGAAGAAGAGGAGUUUGAUGUAGGGAGUCUGAGGAAAGAGCUGGAAUGGAUAGAGAACGAGCUGCGAAUGUCCCUGGGCCAAGUUAGCGCGUCUAACGAGUACUGCCUGAAGUUCUGUCGAGUAACUGAAUGGCAUGCUGGGAGAUGGCAGGUACCUUUGCCACUAGUUCAUGUGCUUAAAAGUGCUAUUUGCUGUUUUACCAAAGCUAGACCCUUUCUUGCUCCAGAAUGUGAACACAUCCAAUACGUCUUGAGCCGUCUGGCAUUGAGCUGCUUUGAAGUAUUGCUAUAUUGCAUUGAAGAUGAUUCAUCUAAAGGGUUCUGGGAAGAAUUUUUAAAAACCAUUCAGGAAUGUCACAACGUUUUGCAAAAUGACUUAAAUGCAGAAUUUGAUGUACUAAUCAGGUUGAGUAGAAAUGGAGGCCCAUGGCAAAAUCCAGUACUGGUGUCCAUCCUUAACCAAGAGUUAGUAACUCAGGAAUUAGUAAAUGAAUACUUGGGAUCAGAAUCUCCAGUGUUCUUUGAAUAUAGAGUGAAAUACUUGAUGAAGUAUAAGCAUGUUGGAGAAGCAAUCACGUUGACCAAAUACUGUGUAAACCAUCCUCAAACCGGCACAAACAAGUACUUUCUCCACUUAUUUUUAACGUGGCUAUGCCGCUCAUCACCAGAAGAAGUCCUGUUGCAGGAGAUUGCCAGAAUUGACUGCCAGGAAGCUCUUGAUGUUAUUUGUAGAUUGGAUUCAGAAGGGCAGGUGGAAUUAGCUUGGAUUUUGUGUGUGGCAUUCCUUACUCAGCAGCUACGAAAUGGAGACAUGUAUUGUACUAGGGAGUUGAUACUGGUGUGGAGCAAACUGCAGCUGCAACUUGAUUCAUCCAAGCAACACUUUCUAGAGAAAUGUCGUCAUCUUUUACUAACAUCCAGAAAUGUGAAUCAUAUCUUCCUCUUUAUUAGGGUCAUUCAGAAUGAGGUUGGAACUGAAGGCUUGCAGUUCUGUGUGGAGCUCUGUGCACGUGCUCUACGGAUAGAUUACCAAGAUGAACCAAAUACUAAAACUUUGGUGUGUAAAACACUCUCCUAUCUGCUGCCAAAUGAUUUGGAUUUCUGUAGAGCUUGCACCAUUACAGUUUUUUUCUCCGAGUGCACUUUGGAAUCUUUCCACGCUGUUGAAAGUCUGUACAGUCAGCCAGAUCAGCUAUACACUGAAGAUACUAGCUUGGUUCCAAGUUUCCUUCGCUGUGAGCUGCUGCUUGUUUUAAAAACCACCUGGCCUUUUGAUCCAGAAUUUUGGGACUGGCGGAUUUUGAAAAAAAGCUGUCUUGCUUUAAUCCGUAACAAAGUAGCCUUAACUAAUGCACAUGGAUGUAAACUAGUUUCAAAGCAUGGAGAUAACUUGUCUUCUAAUGGAAAUUCAAAAAUCAAGAAUAAGGAAAAACAUAAUAAAAUGCCACAGUUAAUCCCAGGUGCAUCCAGAGCAGAUGGCCACCUUGCUUCAAUGCAUCGCUGUAUGUUAUGUAAAAAGGAAUUUCUUGGUGGGCACAUUGUACGCCAUGCACAGGUUCAUCCGCAAAAAGGUGCCUUCUCUUGCCUAAUUUGUGCAAGAAAAUUUAGAUUGAGGGGACAAAUGCUUAAACAUUUAAAGACUCAUGUGAGAAAACUUCAGAAGCAAAAACUUGCUGCUCGGACGAAUACUAAUGAAUCUUCCACUGUUAUUGAUGGUUUGCAGGAAACCUGUACACACAUUAAUGGGGUUCUUGAUAGUGAAAACAGACCAGUUACUUCAGAAACUGCUAGUGUAGAUGAACAGAGUAAAUUCAGGAAGUUAACGGGGGACAAAGAUAACAAAAUUAGUAUUGCUGAUGUUCCUGAUGAGUGGUAUAAGGGCAAGUGCCGUUAUUGCCAAAGAAAAUUCACACAUUCCCAGCAUUUAAUUGACCACCUUAAAAGGCAUCAGUAUCCAAAAUUGUACUUCUGUUUACAAUGUGGCUGUAGCCAGACAUUUAAAUCUGCUUCAGAACUUGCAACUCAUACCAAGGGUCAUGAAGCUUUUCGGGCACAGUGCAGCUUUCGUGACUGUGAUAAAUUGUUUGAUGAACUUGAUGUGCUUUACGAGCAUGAGGCACAGCAUUAUUUAAGUGGCAAACCUAUCCGGCUCACUGAACAUGAUAAAAAAAACUCUCAGACAAGCAAAGUCCUGAGCCACCGAGAAAAGGCAAGCGAAGACGAAUGUUUAAGAGGUGAACAAAAUCCUAUGGAAUUGCUAGUUCCAUUGUGGAAGUCGCGAAAAGAGUUAUCAGAACCAAAGACCUACCUUCACAAUAUGGUUAGCAAGCAAAGUGGAAAUCAAAAUGGAGAUGGCAAAUUAAAUGAUACUCUGCAUAUUUCUGUUGAAUCAGAUGAGAAAACCCUGCCUGUUGAAUCAGGCAGUGAGAACUGUUGUAUUAAUAAUAAACAAAUAAUAAAUGGGCAUAUUAACCUGAAAGACACUUUGAGUGAGUUAAACCCUACAAAUCCAUUUUACUCAGGUGAUACAUCAAGUGAUGGUGUUGCUGAUUUAGAUAAGACUUGUCUUACAAGAGAUGCUUCAAACUCAGAGUCUACACCAGCAGUGUUGAAUAACAGUGUUUCAAAAGGUGCUGCAAUGGACGUGUCACAGAAUGCCAGCAAUCUGUCACAACAGAGUAAUGUUCAUCCAGCUUUGCAGGCAUCCUCUAGCCAAGAGCAGAAGAUUAGUAGUGGAAGGGAAGAACAUAAGGGCUAUGGCAGAUUACAUAAGUACUACAGACCACAGCCUCCAAGCUACCUAGAUGAGCGAUAUAUCAGUAUGCCAAAACGAAGGAAGUUAGCCACAGAUUCAAAUCAGCCCCCCAGUUCACAUGCAAAUGCAAUUAACGUGAAAAAUGAACGACACAUAUGUCGGAAAUGUUUCAUGAUCUUCAACAGCAUUGAAGCGUUAGAAGGGCACAGUACCCGGGACAAUUGUAGACCGCUCUUUGUUAUGGAAUCGGAUAGUGAUUAA